AUGGAAAAAUCAAAAAAUUUCCGCAUCGAUGCGCUGCUGGCCGUGGACCCCCCGCGAGCGGCCUCCGCGCAGACCGCGCCGCUGGCCCUGGUCACGUCGCUCGCGGCCGCCGCGUCUGGCCCCGGGGGCGGCGGCGGCGGCGGCGGCGGCGGCGGGGCGGGCGGCGGCGGGGCGGGCGGCGGGGCCAGCGGCGGCUGCAGCCCCGCGUCCUCGGAGCCGCCCGCGGCGCCCGCCGACCGCCUGCACGCCGAGAGCCCCUCGCCGCCGCGCCUGCUGGCCGCGCACUGCGCGCUGUUGCCCAAGCCCGGCUUCCUGGGCGCGGGCGGCGCGGGCGGCGGCGCGGGCGGCGCGGGCGGCGGCCCCGGGGGGCCCCACCACCACGCGCACCCGGGCGCCGCCGCCGCCGCCGCCGCCGCUGCAGCCGCUGCCGCCGCCGCGGGGGGCCUGGCGCUGGGGCUGCACCCCGGGGGCGCGCAGGGCGGCGCGGGCCUCCCCGCGCAGGCCGCGCUCUACGGCCACCCGGUCUACGGCUACUCGGCGGCGGCGGCGGCGGCCGCGCUGGCUGGCCAGCACCCGGCGCUCUCCUACUCGUACCCGCAGGUGCAGGGCGCGCACCCCGCGCACCCCGCCGACCCCGUCAAGCUGGGCGCCGGCACCUUCCAGCUGGACCAGUGGCUGCGCGCGUCCACCGCGGGCAUGAUCCUGCCCAAGAUGCCCGACUUUAACUCCCAGGCGCAGUCCAACCUCCUGGGAAAGUGCCGUCGGCCCCGCACAGCCUUCACCAGCCAGCAGCUACUGGAGCUGGAACACCAGUUCAAGCUCAACAAGUACCUGUCGCGGCCCAAGCGCUUCGAGGUGGCCACCUCGCUGAUGCUCACGGAGACCCAGGUGAAGAUCUGGUUCCAGAACAGGCGGAUGAAGUGGAAACGCAGCAAAAAGGCCAAGGAGCAGGCGGCGCAGGAGGCUGAGAAGCAGAAGGGGGGUGGAGGCGCCAGCAAAGGUGGCCUCGGGGAGGACAAGGGGGACGACGAGCUGCUGGGGCCGCCGGCUGCCGGGGACAAAAGCGGCGGACGCCGCCUGCGGGACUUGAGGGACAGUGACCCUGAGGAUGACGAGGACGACGACGACGAGGACCCCUUUCCCUACAGCAACGGCACGGGAGCGCACGUCUCCUCCGACUGCUCGUCCGAGGCCGAUUCCCCGCCCCCGCGGCCCAACGCGCCCGGGCACCAGCCCCCGCCCCAGUAGGGGCCCCGCGCCCCAGGGCAGCCCCGCGGCCCCCAGGCACCAGCCUGUGUCCCAGGAGGGCCCCCCCCCCCCCCGCCCCAGGGCAGCCCCGCGGGCCCCCGCUUCGAGGCCGUGCGUCCUGGGGCAGGUUCUGGCGCUGUGCCUGUCUGCUCUCCAAGGGACCGAGAGAGAGGGAGGUCCGGCGGGUGCACCCUUGAACUCCUGUCCUUUUUAAUUUAAUUUUGGUUAGUGUUGGGGGUGCUGUUUGUCAGACGACCUGAGCGCCACCAGGGGAAGGCCCCCACUCCUCUCCACUCCUCCCCACUUCCUGAAUGGAGAAGGCCGGGACCUCUACAGUGUUGGACGACCUGGAAAACUUGAGUAUUGAAAAAGGGAAACUGUUUUGUGCUUACCUAUCUGGGGGGAACUUUAUGUCACGAGCUUUCAAACUGCUGGAAAUCUCAAAACUGUACUGUCUUUAUUUUUGUACAUUGUAUU